AUGGCGGAGACGUUCCAGACGUUACACAAUUUAGUGCACAAGGGAGUGAAGGUGGUGAUGGACAUCCCGUAUGAACUGUGGAACGAGACGUCUGCGGAGGUAGCAGACCUGAAGAAGCAGUGUGAUGUGAUGGUGGAGAAGUAUGAAGAUGUAAUUGAAGACUGGUAUAGGAAACAUCAGGAUGAGGAUCUCACCACUUACCUGUGUGUAAAGCAUGUACUGAAGGGGGAAAACCAAGAGUGCUUGGAUGAAGUUUGGACUUCAAAAAAGGGCGAAACGGCAGCUAUUGAUGAAAAGAAGAAGAAGAAAAAGAAGAAAGGAACAAAUAAUGACAAGGAGAACAACAAAAAGAAGAUCAAGGGAAGGAAAAAGAAGACGAGUGACCUGGAGACUGAGAGAAGGGACAGAGCAGAGGAUUUUACAUCUGACGAAGACAUCCAGAAAAAGGUCCCCCUCACCCAUGAUAAAAGUGAUCUAUGAGAGAGACGCAAGGAUCCAAUGUGCUGUGGACUGGCUUCUUAAUACAGUACCAGGCAAAAUGUGCACCGCUUUUCACAAUGGAAUGAAGACCACUUAAUCCGUGUGAUUCAGGCCCCAAAAAGUUUGGCAUUGCUUUCAGGAAAAGUGAUGCACAUUUUUACUGUAGGAAAAUACUUUAAAAAAUGAAUGUGGCUGACAUACUUCAUUUGGAACACUGGAAUCCCUGUAAGUGUAAGGAAGGAUUGAAAUUCUCUGUGUUUUUUAUCAGUUUCCAUGGUCCACUCUGAGUGCCACUCAAUACAAUUGGAGGGAUUUGAUUAUCUUAUCUGUGCAGCGGUCUGUGUGCAUUUGAGAUGUAAAGCUAUAUAACUAAUUGAUCCCACAAUGUUUUGGCAUAAACUGCUGUUCAGGUAUCAAAACUAAACUGCAUGUCAGUGGAAGUCAAACUAACCCUCUGAUUACAUUUAAAUGACGGUGCCCUCUCCUAUAAUUUAAAUUCAAAUUGUCUUCUCGGUUGAGUGAAGUAUAAGAAGACGUUGGCUAACGUUUAUUUCCUUGGAGUUCUCCUCGGGUUUAUGAUUCAGUGUUUGAGGUUAUAGAGCCACGAUUUUACGAGGCAGCCAAAAGAAGGGUUUAUUUUAAAUAAAUGUGCUUUAUUCAACUUUAGCCUGUUUCACUUUUCUAAUUGUUAGCCUGUGGGACAGUGUGUUUUUGUGUCCCCUGUACAUCAAGGCAAUAUACAGAUUUUACAAGU